AAAAAAAUACUGAUACGCAACAUGAAACUUGUUUAUAUAAAGUAUUUGACUGGUUGAAUUCAACACAAAAGAUUACGUCUACUGAAAGUGACUUAAUUUUCCAGAGUCUUCGUUGAGACAACGAAGAUGAACUGGUACCCGCGUCAAAUCAGUGUCUGCCUGACUUUACUGAUAUUUGUUGCUUUGACAUCUGGAUAUGCUACUUAUAAUGGAGAUGUUGCCCUAGAAUAUUCUGGCUUAGUGAAAAUACAUUAUAAUGGCAAAUGGGGAACCAUAUGCUACAGCAGUUCUCGUGCCCGCCUCAUGGCAAGCGCAAUAUGUCGCAGUUUAGGACUCAAAUAUAAUUAUUACUCAAAAAGUUAUUCGAAAAUACCAGCCUUCAUGAAUGGGCAAACUUGCAGAGGUGAUGAGAACUCCAUAAUGGGUUGUUCUUACCCAUAUCUGUCAAGUUAUCAAUAUUGCUCCUUGAAGCUUGCGGUGAAAUGCAUGGCAAAUCCUGCUGAAUUAUAUUGCUCCUUUGAGAGCAAUAAUUGUAGCAUGGCAAUCAAUGGUACAGGUUAUGUAUGGAAACGUUCACUCCCUCCUUCCUCAAAAGAUGCAGGACCCAUAACAGAUCAUACAGCAAAAACUAGAUAUGGGAAAUAUAUGUUUGCCUCUGCAGUGGGAUUUCCUGGUCAAAAAACGGAUUUUAAAACAAAUAUCUUUUAUCCUGUGGCUAAGAGUAUUAGUUUCUACUAUUACAUGUUUGGAAAAGAUAUGGGGAAACUAAAUAUUUAUAGGGAAAACUUUUCAGGAAAAACUCUACUGAAAACUAUAUCAGGCAAUCACGGUGAUAAAUGGAAGUAUGCAUGUGUUCCUCUGACAUAUAAAUAUGGAAAACUGCAAUUCGUAUUUGAAGCUGUUCAAGGAUCCGGUUACAUGAGUGAUAUAGCUAUUGAUGAUGUGACCAUAUCAACAAACAACUGUUCAUUUUGGAAUGCUUCCUGUGAUUUUCAUGAAGACACUUGCAAUUAUGAUAUUGAUUCUAAGUAUUCAAGCUAUGGCUGGAGUUUGGACAAGUUGUUUGGACUAAGUGACCAUUCUGGUUCUGGAUACUACCUGGUAUAUAAAAGGUCUUAUUAUAGCAUAUUGAAAAGCAGUGUAACAUCACCUUUACUAGAUCUUCCAUCAGAGAAAAUCAAGGUCACGUUUUAUUACUACAUGAAAGGUAGUAGCCGUGGAGAACUACAAUUAAGAUUUGUGGAAGAUGGAGAUCAAAUGUAUGAUAAAUCAUACUUUUGGCAAGAUUCUGGAGACCAUGGAUCUCUAUGGCAAUACGGUUGUAUGGAGCUACCUACUAAUAAAAAGGGAAGAAUCAUGUUCUAUGGUAUAACAGCAAGUGGAUGGUCUGGUGGAAUGGCUCUUGAUGAUAUUCACUUUUCCAAAGGUUCCUGUCAAAUUGGGAUAACACACAACGUGUGCCACUUUAAUAACCCAAAACUCUGUAAUUACACAAUUGACUGUAUGAAUCCUAAUGAAUACACAUGGAGAAGAAAUCAGGGAAGUACUUCUUCCAGUUAUACUGGACCCAGCUCUGAUUAUUCAAAGGAUAAAUAUGGAUUCUACCUAUAUGCAGAAGCAUCGUAUGGGUCACCUAACGAUACUACACUGUUGAACUUUGAAGUUUCUAAUGUUAAAGACAAAUUUCUGGUGUUUGCUUACAAUAUGUUUGGAAAUACUGUUGGUAAUCUAGUCGUCAGAUUUAUUUAUAAAAAUUCUAUGUAUGAAGAUGUAUGGAAAAAAGAAGGAAAUCAAGGAUUAUACUGGCACAAAGAAUGUGUAUUUAUUUCCGGCGACAUAAGUAUAAUCUCAUUUAUUGGUACAAGGGGAUCCUCAUAUAGCGGUGACAUGGCAGUAGACAGAAUCUCAAUCGAAAGCAAGGGCUGCGGAGGGUCAUUUGACUGCGAUUUCCAAGAACAACUUUGCAAAUACAAAAUAUAUAGUUAUGGAUUUAGAUGGAUCAUAGAGAAAGAAUAUACAAAUUCAAGUGAUACAAAUGGCUUCUUAAAGAUUUAUUCAAGAACAAGUAGUGAAAGCUCUACAUUUCAGCUGUCCUCCCCGUAUGCAUCUGUGAUCAAUGGUACAAGUGUUAGCUUCAAAUACAAACUGACAGAUAAAGUGAAAGUUUUUGCACUAUUAGCGCGUUAUUCUUCAUCGAAUAGAUCAACCAAAUCAAACGCAUCAUCAUCAUCAUCAUAUUCAACAAAGAAACUUUGGUCUUCAUAUGGGGAGGAACAUACAGAAUUCAAAACUGCUUGUGUAGAUUUGCCAUCUUCAGAUAGUUUAUCACUGCAGUUUGAGGUGACACCAAACCCCAAUUCAUACUAUUACACACUGGUUUCCCUGGAUGACAUUGCCGUCAAUAAUGAAACCUGUAAAAUUGGUAUUACGCAUCAUUUCUGUGAAUUUAAAGAACCACAUCUUUGUGAUUAUACCGUGGAAUGUCCAGAGAAUAGUGAAUAUACAUGGCAACUACGAUCCUAUAGUCCUUAUCGGUCUGGUUCCAUACCCUAUACAAAUUCAGUCUCGUUACUUGACCAUCGGAAAUCUGUUGAAAAUGAGGAGAGCAAAAUUCAGUCGGAUGACUUGAGGAAUUGCUUGAAAAGAUUUAUGGAACUAUUUGAAGUUCUUAGUGACUUUUUAAGUGACAAGCCUGAAAUGAAGCACCUGCUAACCAUUGAUGGUAAAGCAUUUGUGAGUUAUUUAACGGAUAGCUUUGAAAAACUGAAUAUGUUAAAUAAACAACUUCAGGGAUCAAAUAAAACUCUUAUGGAUGCAAAGACGAAGAUAUUUGACUUUGUUACAUUCAUUGAGUAUCAAGAAGAACUCAUGGAAAUGCAAAAUGAUGAGUCGGUUAAAACUUUAUUCAAUAUAAAAGGAGUGAGGUCAUCCCUUUGUAAUGAGACAGAAACCAAAUACACAAAUUCAGCCAGCUUUACAAGAAAAUUGUUGUUACCAUUCCCAUCUUCAUAUUUAGCUGAAUAUGGCUUUAGUGCUAAAAACACUUAUCAGAAACAAUAUCAGAGUGAACAGCACAGGUUAUUUGCUGAAUAUUUCCUUGAUAUGAACCCACAACAGGAUAACUGUUUCGCCAUAUGUUAUAUGUAUAUAGAUUCUUCAAAAGGCAAACCUGGAGACAAGUCAGAACUUGUAUUUAAAAAGGUUCAACCUCCUACAGGCAAAAGUCUCUACUUUACAUAUUUUAUCACAGAAAACAAUGGAAACCUUAAGGUAUAG